AUGUCCUCCAUCCCAUCAACUCCACCACCACCUAAUACCAACACCAACACCAACACCGGGAACCCACCCACCUCAUCUCCCUCCUCCUUCUCCCCCUCCACCCACCAGCAAAUCCACCACUCCUCCCCAGAAACCCCUCCCAACAACAACAACCCCACCCCCGAAAGCUCAAGCUCAACCCAACGAGAAAAAGAAACCACCGAAGCCAAAACCGCCUUCCUUGCCACUCUCCACUCCGUAGGCGCAAACCACGAGUCACAGAUCCGCGACCGCGCACGCGUCCUCCACUCCAACUCCCAUGCUCUGGAGAAACAAGAAACCGAGCUGCAGAGCGUGACAGACGGAUUACGGAAACAGAAUGACAGCUGGGCGAAGGUGGCGGAUCAGGCGAGGGAGGGGUUGAAGGAGAUCGGGGACGUGCAGAACUGGGCGGAGUUGAUUGAGAGGGAUUUAUUGGUUGUGGAGGAGGCAGUGAGGUUGGCUGAGGAGAAGGAGGAGAGGGAGAGGGAGAGGGGAAUGGGGGAGGGGAAUGGACAUGUAAGGGAGGAGGAGCGGGGAGAUGGAGAUGGAGAUGGAAUUGCAGAUGGGAAGGAUAAAGGGAAGGGGAAGGGGAAGGGAUGGUUUUGGUGGUGA